AUGACAGUAGCACACGACUUGACCCGGCGAGGGUCGACACAGGUCAUUAACGGGAUGGCGCUCGAGGACAGGUUUGAGGUGUUGAAGGAGAUCGGCGACGGCAGCUUUGGCAGUGUGUGUCUGGCCCGGGUGCGGAGCGCUGGCGCUAGCGUCGCCCGUCGUGGGACUGUGAUCGCCAUCAAGACAAUGAAAAAGACAUUCGACUCGUUUUCGGCCUGCUUGGAAUUGAGGGAAGUCGUGUUCCUCAGGACAUUACCCGCCCACCCUCACCUGGUUCCCGCCCUCGACAUCUUCCUCGACCCGUUCAGCAAGAAGCUCCACAUUUGCAUGGAGUACAUGGAGGGCAACUUGUAUCAGCUCAUGAAAGCAAGGGACCACAAGUGCCUCGACAAUGCCAGCGUCAAAAGCAUCCUGUUCCAGAUCAUGCAAGGCCUCGAGCACAUCCACGCCCACAGCUUCUUCCACCGAGACAUCAAGCCCGAGAACAUCCUCGUCUCGACAUCGUCUCACUCCGACUACUCCAACUCGUUCAAGAGGUAUUCCGCCUUGGUAACGCCGCCGUCAACACCGCCCACCUACACCGUCAAGAUUGCCGACUUUGGCCUGGCGCGAGAGACGCACUCGAAGCUUCCCUACACGACGUAUGUUUCGACACGGUGGUAUCGCGCUCCAGAAGUGCUCCUCAGGGCCGGCGAGUACUCGGCACCCGUCGAUAUAUGGGCUGUUGGUGCCAUGGCGGUCGAGGUGGCCACGCUCAAGCCUCUUUUCCCCGGCGGAAAUGAGGUGGACCAGGUCUGGAGGGUUUGUGAGAUUAUGGGAAGCCCUGCCGUCUGGCACAGCAAGUCUGGCCACCCGGUUGGCGGUGGUGAAUGGCGAGAAGGGACCCGCCUCGCCGGCAAGCUCGGCUUCUCAUUCCCAAAAAUGGCUCCUCACUCGAUGGAGACCUUCUUGCCGUCCCCGCAAUGGCCUCGCUCGCUCUCUCAAUUUGUCACAUGGUGCCUCAUGUGGGACCCCAAGAACCGCCCGACAUCGACGCAGGCACUCGCGCAUGAGUACUUUGCCGACGCUGUUGACCCUUUACGGCCCAAGUCGUCCGCUUCCAAGAUACUUGGCCGGAAGCAGUCCGUUGUUGGUAGUGCCAAGGACUCCGCCGCAGCUACGCCAACAUCGUCGAAGCCGUCUUGGUUCAGGAAGUCGUUAAUUGGGCGUUCAGAGAGCACCGACGUCAUCUUGGUCGUACCGCAGCCCGCGCCCAAGGAAAAUACUGCUCCCCGCCCUGCCCCCAUCGCUCCUGUUGAGGCUCCUGCGCCGAAGCCGAGGCCGGCCGCCCAAAAGAGGGCGACGUGGACGAACGGCGCAUCCAAUGCCGCGCCGAUGCCCAUUCUCCCUACCAUCCGUCCCAUCUCACCCCUAUCUGACGCCGUUACCGUCCAAGGAAGCGGCAGGAUGCCUUCGUACAGCGAUGCUUAUGGGAACGGAACCAAUCGCGUUGCGGCAGUCGACGAGAAGGGUUCCAAGAAGAUUGGCCGUCAACUAUCUGUGCAGAGUACCAAUCACUAUGCUGAGCUCCACAGGCAACAAGCCGAGCGCGCACUCAACGGAAGCUCGGGUGUUGUCUCCCCCACGAGCGGUUAUAAGGACUUCUUUUCUCAUUUGCGAAAGCGGGCAAGGAGGUUCUCUGGGAGGCAUCAGACGCCAAUUUCGCCAAGCUACGACGACCUCGAAGCCCAAGCCGGUUGUGGGCCGUGGGGCAGCAACAGGUCGUCCAUGGUCAUGGACGGCCCACCCCCUGCGCCUGUUCCGAAAGACACGUACGAUUCUCUGGACAAGAAGCUUGUUUCCGAGGUCCCUCCCGUGCCACCUGCCCAUCAGGUGACGCCGAGCAGCCAUCUCAAGCGCCAUCACUCGCUACCCCAUCACCAGCCGAGGUCUGUAGAUAACCUGGCGGUUGCAGCUCGUGGCUCAGGCCCCGUGUCGAGCCGGACGCGACGGGCGCAGGCUGUUCAGGGCGUUAGCCAGUACGACGCUCCGGACGAGGAGGACGAGCUUCUUGAUGAGGUCCUGGUCUCGACCCAGCGUGCUAUGAAACGCUUGGAGAGGGAUGAGCAACCCCUGAGACAAGCCGCCAGCAACAUGGGGCUCGCCAACCCGUACCCGACGCCAUCGCCGUCUGCGAGCGGAAAUGUGAUGCUCUUUGGCGAUGGCAAGGAAGCCGUCACCCCCAAGCCACUGAACUUCAACAAGCAGGCGGCCGAGUACAAGUGGCCCACGCCUCCGUACGACGAGAGCGACUGGGCUGCCUCGGCGUCGGCGAGCAUCUGGGCGGCAGGGAACCGCUUCUAA